AUGCAGGCCUUCGGCCGUCCCGGCGGCCCGCGUCGUGACGCUUCUUCGUCGUCGUCUGCGCCAUCGCAGGCCGGCGUCGCCGUCGCACGCGAGGCGGCCACCGCCAGCACCACCGGCGGCGGCGAGGAUGGCAGCGAGCCCAAGGUCAAGCAGCUCGCUGCUGGCCCGGUGCGCACCAUCCUGCUCAACCGGCCAAAGGCGCUCAAUGCUCUCGACAUGGACAUGAUCCUGCUCAUCGCCGAUGCGCUGCAGACCUUCAGCAAGACGCCUGCGCCGGUCGUGCUGCUGCGCGGCGUCGGGCGUGCGCUCUGCUCCGGUGGCGACGUCAUGGCAGUCGUGAAGCAGGCGGCCGACGAGGACCCGGCGGUGCGGCAGCAGGCGCUGACCUUCUUCAAGGCCGAGUUUGAGCUCGACUACGCCAUCGCCACGCUCUUCCGCCGCACGGGCAAGACGUUCGUCUCGGUCAUGGACGGCAUCACCAUGGGCGGCGGUGUCGGCCUCUCGGUGCACGCACCCAUCCGCAUCGCGACGGAGAAGACGCUCUUCGCCAUGCCCGAGACGGGCAUCGGCUACUGGCCCGACGUCGGCGUCACGCGCCAGCUCGCGCGCCUCGACGGCAAGGUCGGCUUUUACCUUGGCAUUACUGGCGCGCGCAUCAGCGGCGAGGAGGCCUACAUUGCCGGCCUCGCGACGCACUACAUUCCCAGCUCGCUGCUGGCCGAGGCCCUCGAGCGCCUCGGCUCGCUCGGCCCCGACGCCAAGUCGGACUCCGUGUCCAACGUGCUCGACGAGUUCUCUGCCGACCCCUUCUCCGAGACGGAGGUGGCCAAGGGCCCGCAGAUUCUCGCGCAGUCAGCGCUGCUCGGCUCGCGCCGCGUGGCGCUCGACCACGUCUUCGGCCAGAAGAGCGCCGAGGGCAUCUUUGCUGCGCUCGAGCAGCUGGCCGCCGGUGCUGCCGAUUCCGAGGCUGCGGCCGAGCUCCGGACGCGCGGCGCCGAGCUCGACGAAGGCGUCGUGUCGUGGGCGCGCACCACGCUUGACGCGCUGCUCACCAAGUCGCCGCGCAGCAUCAAGGUCUCGCUGCGCGCCAUUGCCGCCGCACGGCAGCUCGAGGACGCCGAGGCGUUCCGUCUCGACAUGCGUCUCGCCACGGCCUUCUGCGACCUGGGCGCUGGACGCGACUUCCACACGGGCGUCAUGCACACGCUGGCGCGCGACCCGGAGACGGGCAAGCGACGCACGGGCGUGGCGCCGUGGGACGUGCGCAGCGUCGCCGACGUCAGCGACCAGCACAUCUCCGACCUCUUCUUUGGCGACCAGCAGGCGGCGCGCUCGGCCGGCAUGACGAUGGACGUGCCGCGCCUCGCCGGCCUGCCGCCGCCGAACGCGCUCUCGGCCGACGAGCAGCGUGCGCAGCGAAACAAGACCAAGGGUCUCCCGCCGCUCGGCUGGCAGGUCGGCCACAACAUGUUUGCGCUGCCCGCCGAGGCCGAGAUCGCCGCGCUCGUCAGCGGCUACCACCCGAGCAGCCCGCCGACGCAGCUCGAGCCCGAGGAGGUCGUUGCCGUGCUGCGCUCCGUCAAGGGCGACCGCCGCGGCCUCGACGGCAAGGUGCGCGAGUUCCUGCAGCGCAGCGGCGCCGCGUUCGCGUAG